AUGUCGAAAUGUAUCAGAACUCUCCACCUUGCAUCACGCAAUGGUCGUCUAGAUGUUGUUCACGGAGCACCAGUUAGCAGGGUUGAUAAUGAAGGCCGGACACCUCUUCACUGUGCAUCACGCGAUGGUCAUCUCAAUGUUGUUCAGUAUCUCGUUGGCCACGGAGCGCCGGUUGACAGUGUUGAUAAUUAUGGUCAGACACCUCUUCACUAUGCAUCACGCAGUGGUCACCUUGAUUUAGUUCAGUAUCUCGUCGGUCACAGAGCAUCGAUUGGCAGUGGUGAUAAUGAUGGUCAGACACCUCUUUACUGUGCAUCGUACUGUGGACAGCUUGAUGUAGUUCAGUACCUCGUUAGUCAAGGAGCACAGAUUGGCAGCGGUGAUAAUUGUAACGAGACACCUCUUCACUGCGCAUCACGCAAUGGUUAUCUCCUUGUAGCUCAGUAUCUUGUUGGCCAAGGAGCACUAGUUGAUAAGCUUGAUAAUGAUGGUCAGACGUCUCUUCACGCUGCAUCACGCAACGGUCAUCUCCGUGUAGUUCAGUAUAUCAUUGGUCAAGGAGCACUAGUUGAUAACCUUGAUAAUGAUGGUCAGACGCCUCUUCACUGGGCAUCAUACUGUGGCCAUCUUGAUGUAGCUUUGUUCCUCGUUGCCCAAGGAGCACAGGUUGAUUUGGGCGAUAACGAUGGUCAGACACCUCUUUACUGGGCAUCUUACUUUGGUCAUCUUAAUGUAGUUCAGUACCUUUUUGGUCAAGGAGCACAGGUUGAUUUGGGCGAUAGUGAUGGUCAGACACCUCUUCACUGUGCAUCACGCAAUGGUCGUCUAGAUGUUGUUCAGUAUCUCGUUGGCCACAGAGCACCAGUUAGCAGGGUUGAUAAUGAAGGCCAGACACCUCUUCACUGUGCAUCACGCGAUGGUCAUCUAAAUGUUGUUCAGUAUCUUGUUGGUCAAGGAGCACAGGUUGAUUUGGGCGAUAACGAUGGCCGGACACCUCUUCACAGUGCAUCAAGCAAUGGUCAUCUCGAUGUUGUUCAGUAUUUUGUUGGUCAAGGAUCACCGAUUGGCAGGGGUGAUAAUGAUGGCCGGACACCUCUUCACAGUGCAUCAAGCAAUGGUCAUCUCGAUGUUGUUCAGUAUCUUGUUGAUCAAGGAGCACCGAUUGACAGGGGUGAUAAUGAUGGCCGGACACCUCUUCACAGUGCAUCAAGCAAUGGUCAUCUCGAUGUUGUUCAGUAUUUUGUUGGUCAAGGAUCACCGAUUGGCAGGGGUGAUAAUGAUGGCCGGACACCUCUUCACAGUGCAUCAAGCAAUGGUCAUCUCGAUGUUGUUCAGUAUCUUGUUGAUCAAGGAGCACCGAUUGACAGGGGUGAUAAUGAUGGUCAGACACCUCUUCAAUUCGCAUCAAACAAUGGUCAUCUCCCUGUAGUUCAGUAUCUUGUUGGUCAAGGAGCACAGGUUGAUUUGGGCGAUAACGAUGGUGAGACACCUCUUUACUGGGCAUCAUACUGUGGUCAUCUUGAUGUAGUUCAGUACCUCGUUGAUCAAGGAGCACCGAUUGACAGGGGUGAUAAUGAUGGUCAGACACCUCUUCAAUUCGCAUCAAACAAUGGUCAUCUCCCUGUAGUUCAGUAUCUUGUUGGUCAAGGAGCACAGGUUGAUUUGGGCGAUAACGAUGGUCAGACACCUCUUCACUUUGCAUCAAACAAUGGUCAUCUCCCUGUAGUUCAGUAUCUUGUUGGUCAAGGAGCACUGUUUGGCAGGGUUGAUAAUGAUGGCCGGACACCUCUUCACUGUGCAUCACGCAAUGGUCAUCGCCACGUAGUUCAGUAUCUUCUUGGUCAAGGAGCACUGAUUGGCAGGGGUGAUAAUGAUGGUCAGAUACCUCUUCACUUUGCAUCAAACAAUGGUCAUCUCCCUGUAGUUCAGUAUCUUGUUGGUCAAGGAGCACUGUUAGACAGGGUUGAUAGUGAUGGCCGGACACCUCUUCACAGUGCAUCAAGCAAUGGUCAUCUCGAUGUUGUUCAGUAUCUUGUUGGUCAAGGAUCACCGAUUGGCAGGGGUGAUAAUGAUGGCCGGACACCUCUUCACAGUGCAUCAAGCAAUGGUCAUCUCGAUGUUGUUCAGUAUCUUGUUGAUCAAGGAGCACCGAUUGACAGGGGUGAUAAUGAUGGUCAGACACCUCUUCAAUUCGCAUCAAACAAUGGUCAUCUCCCUGUAGUUCAGUAUCUUGUUGGUCAAGGAGCACUGUUUGGCAGGGUUGAUAAUGAUGGCCGGACAACUCUUGACUUUGCAUCAAGCAAUGUAGUUCAGUACCUCGUUGGACAAGGAGCACAGGUUGAGAGAAGUGCUAAUAAUGGUCAGACACCUCUUCACUUUGCAUCACGCAGUGGUCAUAUCGAUGUAGUUAAGUUUCUAAUUGAUCUCGGAGCACCGAUUGACAGUGGUGAUAAUGAUGGUCAGACCCCUCUUCACUGUGCAUCAGGCGAUGGUCAUCUCAAUGUAGUUAAGUAUCUAAUGGAAGAUCGCGGAGCACCGAUUGACAGUGGUGAUAAUGAUGGUCAGACACCUCUUCACUGUGCAUCAGGCGAUGGUCAUCUCAAUGUAGUUAUUUAUCUAAUUGAAGAUCGCGGAGCACCGAUUGACAGUGGUGAUGAUGAUGGUCAGACACCUCUUCACCAUGCAUCAGGCGAUGGUCAUCUCAAUGUAGUUAAGUAUCUAAUUGAAGAUCGCGGAGCACCGAUUGACAGUGGUGAUAAUGAUGGCCGGACACCUCUUCACUGUGCAUCACGCAAUGGUCAUCGCCACGUAGUUCAGUAUCUUCUUGGUCAAGGAGCACUGAUUGGCAGGGGUGAUAAUGAUGGUCAGACACCUCUUCACUUUGCAUCAAACAAUGGUCAUCUCCCUGUAGUUCAGUAUCUUGUUGGUCAAGGAGCACUGUUAGGCAGGGUUGAUAGUGAUGGCCGGACACCUCUUCACAGUGCAUCAAGCAAUGGUCAUCUCGAUGUUGUUCAGUAUCUUGUUGGUCAAGGAUCACCGAUUGGCAGGGGUGAUAAUGAUGGCCGGACACCUCUUCACAGUGCAUCAAGCAAUGGUCAUCUCGAUGUUGUUCAGUAUCUUGUUGAUCAAGGAGCACCGAUUGACAGGGGUGAUAAUGAUGGUCAGACACCUCUUCAAUUCGCAUCAAACAAUGGUCAUCUCCCUGUAGUUCAGUAUCUUGUUGGUCAAGGAGCACUGUUUGGCAGGGUUGAUAAUGAUGGCCGGACAACUCUUGACUUUGCAUCAAGCAAUGUAGUUCAGUACCUCGUUGGACAAGGAGCACAGGUUGAGAGAAGUGCUAAUAAUGGUCAGACACCUCUUCACUUUGCAUCACGCAGUGGUCAUAUCGAUGUAGUUAAGUUUCUAAUUGAUCUCGGAGCACCGAUUAACAAGGGUGAAAAUGAUGCUGAGACACCUCUUCACUGUGCAUCAUUCAAUGGUAUCUUUUAA